GCGGUCACGGGAACGGGGGAGAAGUGCGGCGGUGCGGCAUCGUGACUCGCCUUCUGCGGCCGGGGUCAGGGGAAUCUCCGUGAGUCACUGGCUGGGGGAAGCGGAGUGGGACACUGGUGAAAGGGGUAUGUGCCGUCACCAAGCGGUUUCGGGGACUGGCGAGAAGGCAGCUCGGCUGCGGCUGAGGGAGCGCUGCGCAGGUGAUCCGCUCGCCAUGGCAUGUUUGAGGUGAGGAUGCAACGUUCACAGGUGUAGUGCUGCUGCUAAUGGCCUCAAACGACAUGAAAAAUACGCCUGAGAGAUUUGCAAUUGCUGUAGUGAUCUUCAUAUUGGCCACUCUCCUGAUCAUCUAUAAUUCCAGCAGUGGCAACAACUCCAUAAAUUAUAAAGGACAUUUUGUCUAUGAUGUUUUGAGUCAUGCACCAUCAAGUUUAAAGAAAUGGGUUACAAAAGAUGGUUAUCUUCCAGUUUCAGGAAACAAGACGAUGAAGCUCCACUGUGGAUCGUGUGCACUUGUCACCAGCUCCAGCCACUUGCUUGGCAGUGAGGUUGGGUCGGAGAUUGACGAGACUGAGUGCAUCAUUCGUAUGAACGAUGCACCUACCUCUGGAUACGAGAAGGAUGUCGGGAAUAAAACAACGCUGCGGGUUGUCGCGCACUCCAGUGUUUUCCGGGUGAUGAGGAAACCCCAGGAGUUCCUUAACAGAAGCCAAGAAAUGGUCUUUAUCUUCUGGGGGCCUCCGCAGAAAAUGCAGAACAGAAAAGGCGGCAUUUACAGACUCAUUCACCAAGUGGGCUCGUUGUUCCCAAAUGUCUCCACGUACAUCAUUGCUCCCAAGAGGAUGCAGCAAUUCGAUGAUUUAUUUCAGAGGGAAACUGGGAGAGACAGAAAGAAAUCGCAUUCCUGGCUGAGCACAGGCUGGUUCACCAUGGUGAUUGCUAUUGAGCUCUGCGACAGUGUCCAUGUGUAUGGAAUGGUUCCUCCCAGUCACUGCAGAAAGCCUCAACACAAGCGAAUACCCUAUCAUUAUUAUGAGCCGAAAGGUCCAGAUGAAUGCAUGACAUACAUUGGGAAUGAAAAAGCCAAGAGGGGGAAUCACCAUCGCUUCAUCACUGAGAAGGAUGUGUUUGCUCAGUGGGCGAAGCUGUAUAACAUCGUCUUCUCACAUCCCAGCUGGUGACCUGUACCUGGUACUUUGUCACACCUGCGUUUCCUGAACUCUGUAUACAUAGCUUAGAAGCACAGUUGCUCUAGGAUCAAUGCAAACUGGAGCCUAUAACCUGUGCUGGCCAUGUUUGGAGGGAAUGGUAGGUCACAGGAUCAUAAGUAUUGUUGUGGAAGGCUUGUAAGGAGAGCUGGCACAGCUGAAGGGGUGAAGUCGUGAUGUUUGACCUGCAGUGCUGUAUGACCUGCUUCUACAGAUCAGUUCGAUAGCAUCAGUCCCUAUCUAGUCUGUGACCUAACCUGCAGAAUGCAAUUCAAACACCUGCUUCAUUCCAAUGACACCUCUGUUAGCUUGGAGCCACAUAAUGAAUCUGCAGAAUGGUGAAUGGACUUUCAGGCAAGGCUUGUGUCGUGCUGCUUCAUCCUGCAAUUCUGCAUUCCUAAUAAGGUUUCCUAAGUAAUUGAUCUGUCCUUCAGUGGUGUUGAAGAUUUCAUUUGGAAAGGAUCUCUGUACAAGAGACACUGAGUUGUAUUAUAACAUUCAAAUAUUCUGUGGGUUUUGGUUUUGGGUUGUAGUGAAUUGAGAAAUGACUUUGGAGAUUCUAUAGAGAUUCAGGGCUAAGUUACAUGAUGCAACUUUACCUUUGUUUUAUAUUUGUGUUUUAGUUUUCUCUAAUAUUCAAAGUGGGAAGUCUACUCUCCAUAUGACUAAUGAGAAAAUUAAUUUCAACUGACCAGAUUAAAUCUAAUAAAUACUACUGAUGACAUUAUCCAAAUGGAAGUCAGAUGCAAUAUAUUUAAAAAGCAGGAUUUUGAUUUCAUUAUUCUGGAUGGUUUUCCAUUACAAAUGGACGUCUUACAUUAAGCCAGGCCACUGGGUUCAAAAUGUUGUUAUCUGUGCUGACCUUUCCCAUUCCUACUUAUGUUUUGAUGAGGUCCUUAUGUUGAAAAUAAUGUCCACUUGUUGGUUUUGUAAUAAUAAAGACCAUAAAACAUAGGAGCAGAAUUAGGCCAUUCAGUCCAUCGUCAUCAUGGCUGAUUUAUUUAUUAUCCCUUCCAAACCCAUUCUCCUACCUCAAGAGGUUUCUUUUAUUUUGGGAUUUGAACGAGCCCUGAAUUGCUUGGUACACAUUCAAUUGGACAGAGCACAGAUCAGUCCUUUAAGUCAGAAAAGGAACCUUAAAGAAUUAAUUUAUUAUCUUCAACAAACUCCAUAGCAUUUAUGUUACUACGUGCCCUUUUGUUUCAAAAGCCUUGCCCAAUUUUGAGUAUGGUCGAAGCCCCAUACUGACCUCAUGUUGCCUGCUUGAGUUUUAUUAAAUUCUGGCUAUCCUGUAAAAUGUUUCCUUUUUGAUAUAAACAUUGGUCUUUUUGUUUUUUGCUCUUACUACUUGGAUAUAUAAUGAUUUUGUUUUGUCAUUGUAGUACCAUUUUUAUUUUGCAUCUACUUUUAUUGGUCUUGGACAAAUUGGAUGAAUAGGCAAAAAAGUGGCAGAUGGAAUGCAAUGUUGAGAAAUGUAUGAUACUGCAUUUUGGUAAAAGGAAUAAUAGUGUGGACUAUUAUCUAAAGUUGGAGAAGGUUCAAACAUCAGAAGUGCAGAGGGACUUGGGAAUCCUCAUGCAAAACUCCCAGAAGAUUAAUUUACAGGUUGAGACUGUGGUAAAGAAGGCAAAGCAAUGUUGGCAUUUAUUUUAAGGGGAGUAGAAUAUCAAAGCAAAGAGAUGCUGCUGACCCUUUAAGGCACUUUAAGGCUGCACUUGGAGUGUUGUCAAUAGUUUUGGGUCCCAUGUCUCAGAAAGGAUGUGUUGUCAUUGGAGAGAGUCCAGAGGGGGUUCACGAGAAUGAUUCCAGGAAUGAAGGGGUUAACAUAUGAGGAGCAUUUGGCAGCUUUGGGCUUGUACUCACUGGAAGUUAGAAGAAUGUGGGAGAAUUUUAUUGAAACCUACUGAAUAUUGAAAGGACUAGAUAGGGUGGAUGUGGAGAAGAUGUUUCCUAUGCUGGGAGUAUCCAAAACUAGAGGGCACAGCCUCAAAAUUGAGGGGUGACCUUUUAGAACAGAGAUAAGGAGGAAUUUUAUUAUCCAGAGAGUAGUGAAUCUGUGGAAUGUUGUGCCACAGACUAUGGUGGAGGCUAAGUCAGUGGGUAUAUUUAAGGCAGAAGUUGAUUGUUUCCUGAUCAGUCAGUGGAUCAAAGAAUGUGACAAGAUGGCAGAUGUAUGGGAUCAGCCAUGAUGGAAUGGCAGAGCAGACUCGAUGGGCUGAAUGGCCUAAUUCUGCUUCCAUGUCUUAUGGCCUUUAUCUGUUUUUUUAAAAAUUUUAUUUAAAGAUACACCCGGUCAUUUGUACAGUAGACAUAAAGAACUACAGAUACUAGAAUCUGGAGCCACGCACAAAAAGCUGAAGGAACUGAGUGGGUCAGGCAGCAUCUGUGUAGGAAAAUGGACAGUCGAUAUUUUGAGUCAAGGCUCCAGAUGAAGGGUCUCUUUGACUGUCCACUUCCUGUCAUUAAUGCUGCCUGACCUUUCAUCUGGAAUCUUGACUUGAAGUAUCAGCAAGUCUCUUCAUCUGGGGCCUUCACUCUAAGUAUCGACUGUCCAUUCUCCUCCAUUAAUGCUGCCUGACCUGCCGAGUUCCUCCAGCUUUUUAGUGGUGUUCCAGUUGUACUUUGGGCUGUAUGUAUAGAAAACUUCCUGUAUUCUCCCUAAAUAGUGUGCCUUAAUCCAAGCUGCAAAGAACAUCCUCUACUGUACCAUUGGGACAAUUAGAUCAGUAUUCAUCCUCUCUCUUUCUGUCUGACACUGCCGGUCACAAAUCACUGUACAGUUUUAUCUAUGGACACAUCCUGCCAUGAGUGCAUUUCAAUGGGCUUGUGCCCAGUAUUGCUCACAUUCAGCAUGUGCUACCUUGCUGGAAGUGGCUUCAUGCCCAAACACAGAUAACAAAGGAUUCUCUAGCCGACUGAGUUGGCCUGUGAGAGCUUUCAGUUGGUCCCAGAAGGACUGCAUUUCCCGUGCUGUGUGAUUCUAUGUGCUUUGUUCCAGGUACCUUUCUGCCUAUUCUUGCCUACCAAAGCUAGAUUACAUUUCUAUUUCUGUCAAUUUUUAACCAAGUAAUUUAUUUUGUCGUUGUAGCAAAAGAUGAUUUUGGGUAGCAAGACACAAAAAAAAGGGAAAGUGAAACAUACAAAGAUGGGAUUUCAUGUAUUAACUGUUUCAUGACAUUUUGUACCUUGCGUAGAUGCCUAUCGGCAAGACUAUUUUCUAAAAAGAGAAUAUUUCACUUCUCUACUGGCUGUUGAUGGAGUAGCAGUGCUUUUAUAGGUGCUCCUACUCUUUUAAAUUUGCUGCUUCAAACCUGUUUUAAAAACUUACUUUUAAACACAAUAUUGCUUUAUGAUGAGUCAUGCUAAAGUUACUGAAAAAGCAGAGGACCCUCCUGUAACUUUGGAAUCGAUUAUGGUAACACUUCGGAAGCAUAAAAAUGAACUUUUGGAGGAGUUCCAACAACUCAGUGCUGAAUUUAAACGGAUGGAUGAAAAAUUGGAUUCUAUUCAAAAAACUUUAAUUGAACAUGAUAAAUGGAUAAAAGAGAACGAAGACACUGACGAUGUUCGAUGCGAAGAUUGAUGACCUGGAACAGAUCUGUGAUAAACAGUUAAAGUUUAAUGAAACAUUUAGACAGAAGAUUAUCGACUUAGAAAAUAGGAACAGAAGAAAUAAUUUAUGUAUUCUGGGUUUUAAAGAGACAUUGGAAGGUAAUCAGCCUUCGGAAAUUUUUGCAAACCUUUUGGCUAAAUUAUUUCUGAAUAUUUUUAAAUCUCCACCUAAGAUAGACUGAGCUCACAGGUCGCCUUUAUGACGACCACCUCCGGGAGGACACCUUCAUUCAAUGAUAAUUUGUCUUCACUACUUUCAAACAAAGGAACUUUUAAUUCGUGAAUCUCUUUGGAAAGGUAUGAUUGAUUAUGAAGACCACAAGUUCAGAAUUGUGGAAGACUUUUCACCUGAGGUGUUGAAUGAAUGCUUCAAACUUUAAAAAGUCAUGUCUGAGCUGUAUAAUAAAGGUUUUAAACCCUCUCUUCAAUACCCUGCUCGUCUUAGAAUCAUUUUGGAAAAUGGCUCUCACAGAUGGAUUUGUUCGACCAAAGAAGUGCAGGAUUUCUUGAGUGCCGAAUUGAUUUCAGAAGUUUAACUGUUCAAUAACUCUUUACACAAAUUUAUGUUGUGUCUGCCUGAUGGAUCCUUUUUUUAAAAUCAGCAGUUUAACUGCUCGUCACUUUCUUUUAUGAACAAUUGUGUUUUUUACUCUUGGUAUACCUUCUUAUCUAAUUUUUUUUUAUUUUUUUAUCCCCUUGUUUAGAAAAUUAAGGAUUUGAUAUUAGUAAGUUUUCUUUGUGUUAAUACUUUCUAAGUUAAAAUGUUUUGAGCUUUCAUAUUUCUUUCUAAUAUUUUUAUACUAUAAUUCUGAGGUUUUGUUUAAUAUGUUUAAUUUUGCUCUGUUUUUUGUUAUGUCUUGUUGGAAGCAGUUUUGCCUUGAUUUUUUUUUUUGGAGCUCAGCCAGUAGAUUGUUGUGGGAGGUAUGAUAGGUUUAGUUGUCGACUGCCCUUUGGUCGAUUUUCUCUCUUUGGGCAGGGGGUGGGGGGAGAUUUUCUUUUUUUUUCUAUCAGCUGUUUGGUUCUCUUAGCUUCAUUUGUUGCUUGGUUACUUUUUUAAAAGCUAACUGUUUGGAUUUAAUAUAUAUUCCAGCAGUUUUUAUUUAAACAUCUCCUUUAAGCAAUAUUUAAAAUGGAUCAUAUUUCUAAUUUACUUAGUUUUAACGUGAAAGGAUUAAACCAUCCUGUGAAAUGUAAUAACAUAUUUAAUUGUAUUAAGAAAUUGACUGUCUCAUUUAUUUGUUUUUACAAGAAACACAUGUUCGUAAAUGUGAUAAUUUAUGUUGUUUCAAACGUUGGAAGGAUUUAUCUUUCCAUUCCUCCUUUCAGGCUAAAGCAAGAGGAGUUUAGAUUUUUAUAGACAAUUCAGUUUCUUUCGUUCAACAUGAUGUAGUGUCUGAUACCAAUGGGAGUUUUGUUAUAGUUUCAGGGAAAUUAGAUAAUAAAUUAAUAGUUUUUGCUAAUUUGUAUGCCCCAAAUAUAGAUGAUCCAGGCUUUUUUGAACUUUUUUUGGUUUUUACCAGAUUUAAGUUUAUAUUCUUUGAUUUUAGGAGGAGACUUCAACUGUUGUUUAGAUCGUUCUUCUUCUAAACAAUUGUAGUAGAUCUGCCUCCUUUAUCCAAUCUUUUAUAAUGAAAUGUGAUAUUGUUGAUGUUUGGCGUUUUCUACAUCUAACAGAUAAAGAGUACUCAUUUUUUCUCAAGUUCAUCGUACAUAUUCCACGAUUGAUUGUUUUUUUGUUGAUAGCUAAUUGAUUCCAUUAGUUCAAUCCUGUGAAUAUAAAGAAAUUGCUGUUUCAGAUCAUGGUCCUGUGUUUUUAUCUUUAAAUCUUCCGGGUAUCUCCCAAAUAAAUAGAUUCUGGUGUUUUAAUUCAACUCUGUUAUCAGAUAAAGAUUUAAAAAAAUUUUUGGAGAGACACAUUAUUCUCUUUUUUGAAGAGAAUACGCUAGAAGAGACUGCUAGUCUUAUUUUAUGGGAUGCUUUUAAGGCUUAUAUUAGAGGUCAAAUUAUUUCUUUUACCGCUAGUGUUAGGAAAAAAAGCUAAUAAGGAGAGAAUUGAGUUAGCCAAUCAGUUGAAACAAUUAGACCAAAAAUGUGCUUUGGCUCCAGAUCCUGUUUUAUAUAAAAGACGUGUUGAAAUUAAAACUAAAUAUGAUCUGCUCUUAACUUAUCCUAUUGAAAUGCAACUUUUAAAAGAUAAAAGUUAAUUUUAUGUUCAUGGAGAUAAAACGGGUAAGCUAUUAGCUAACCAGUUAAAGACCUUUUAUAGUUAAAUGUCAAAUUACUGAAAUUUGUAAAGCUAAUAGUGAUAAAACAUCUGAUCAUUUAGAAAUAAAUGAUGCUUUUAGAGAGUUCUACUCUAAACUUUAUAGUUCUGAUCCUCCUAAAGAUAACACUCUAAUGAAUAAUUUCUUAAAUCGAUUAAACAUUCCUACACUUUCUGAUGAUAUUCGAAAAUUGUUGGAUCAACCUAUUUCCUAUGAGGAACUUGCCGAGGUUGUUCAUUCUUUGCACUCGGGGAAGGCUCCGGGUCCUGAUGGAUUUUCUGGAGAGUUUUAUAAGGCUUUUUCCUCUUUGCUUAUAGCUCAUUUUUACUCUGUCCUUUCUGACUCUUUUAAAUUAGGUAAGUUGCCACAAUCUUUUUAUGAAGUCUCUAUUUCGCUUAUUCUUUAAAAGAAUAAGGACCCAAUUGAACGUUCUUCUUAUAGGCCUAUUUCCUUACUUAAUGUUGAUAGUAAAAUUUUAUCUAAACUUUUGGCUCGUAGGAUUGAAAAUAUUUUGCCAUGUAUUAUCUCUGAUGAUCAGACUGGAUUUAUCAAAAAUCAAUACUCCCACUUUAAUAUUUGUCAUUUAUUGAAUGUUAUUUAUUCCCCUUCUAAAGAGAUUUCGGAAUGUAUGAUAUCCUUAGAUGCUGAGAAAGCCUUUGAUCGGGUUGAAUGGAAUUAUUUAUUUAAAACUUCAGAAAAAUUUAACUUUGGGCCCAAUUUUAUUCAAUGGAUUAAAUUACUUUAUUUAUCUCCUUCUGCUCAGGUUCUUACUAAUGCUCAGUACUCUAAACCAUUCAAACUUUAUGUGGAACUAGUCAGAGUUGUCCCUUGAGUCCUUUGCUUUUUGAUUUGGUUUGAACCUUUGAUUUGAACCUUUAGCUAUUGUUUUCUGGGAAUCUAAUGAUAUCACUGGUAUUUUAAGGAGGGGUAUUACCCAUAAAGUUUUGCUUUAUGCUGAUGAGCUUUUCUGUACAUUUCUAAUGUGGAGUCUUCUUUACCUCCUCUACUUUCUUUACUUUCCUGCUUUAGUCAGUUCUCUGGAUAUAAACUUAGCUUUCAUAAGAGUGAACUUUUUCCUUUGAAUAAUUUGGUAUUAGUUAAUACUAAUCUUCCUUUUAAAAUUGUAAGAAAUCAAUUUACUUAUUUGGGUGUAACAAUUACUAGGAAUUAUAAAUUCCUUAUUAAGGAAAAUUUUUUUUACACUUCUGAAUUAUGUUAAGGAGGCACUUUCAAAUUGGUCACCUCUCUCUCUAUCAUUGAUUGGUCGAAUUAAUUCUAUUAAAUUGAAUAUUUUGCCUAAAUUUUUAUAUUUAUUUCAGGCCAUACCUGUUUUUAUUCCUAAAUCCUUUUUUGAUUCUUUGGAUUCUAUUAUAUCUUCUUGUAUAUGGAAGAAUAAAAUUUCUCAAUUAAAUAAAGUUCAUCUUCAAAAAGCUAAAAAGAAGGGAGGUUUAGCCUUACCCAAUUUCAGGUUUUAUUACUGGGCAGUCAAUAUACGAAAUCUGAUGUUUUGGUUAUAUUAUAUUAAUCAAGAGGACUGUUGGAUCUGGGUUUCUUUAGAAGCUAAUUCUGUUAAAUUCUCUAUUAUUUCUCUUCUCAGAUCCGCAAUUCAUUUAUCUUUAAGUAAUUUAACUGAUAAUUUUGUAGUUAAACACACUUUGAGGAUUUGGGUACAAUUUAGAAAAUAUUUUGGUUUAUUGAGUUUUUCACUUUCCAGUCCCAUUUUUUCUAACUUUUUUUAAAAACCGUCUAUGUCUGAUGUUUUUAAAGAGUGGAAUAGAUUGGGUAUUAAAUGUUUUUAUGAUUUGUUGAAGAUACUCUCUCUUCAUUUGAACAGCUGUCAGGUAAGUAUAGCCUACCGAGAACUCACUUUUUUCGAUAUUUACAAAUUAGAGACUUUUCUGCGUUCUCAAGUUCAUACAUUUCCUAAAAGUCCAGAUAAAAAUUUACAUGAUAUAAUAUUUAAUUUGAAACCCUUCCAAAAUGCAUCUAUUUCUAAUAUUUAUGGUAUGUUGUUGGGAAUGAGAAACAGUCCUUUAGAUAAAAUUAAAAAUCUUUGGGAACAAGAUUUACAGAUUUCAAUUUCCAAGGACAUUUGGAAUGAAAUUUUAAAAUUGGUUAAUACUACUUCGUUAUGUGCCUGUCAUUCCCUUCUACAAUUUAAAGUGGUUCAUAGGGCCCAUAUGUCUAAAGAUAAGCUGUCUGGUUUUUAUUCGGAUAUAUCUCCCUAUUGUGAUAGAUGUAAUAAUGGAAAAGCUUCACUAAUCCAUAUGUCUUGGACUUGUCAGAGUCUUGAAAAAUAUUGGAAGGAAGUAUUUCUAACUUUUUCGGUGCUUUUUAAAGUAAAUUUUAAACCUAAUCCCUUGACAGCCUUAUUUGGUAUUGUUAGAGGAAAUGAUAUUAUUUUGGAGAAACAGGAUCUACAUAUUUUGGCCUUUAUGUCUCUUAUAGCCAGGAGGGCAUUGUUGCUUAAGUGGAAGGAUGCCAUUCCGCCUACUCGUACUCAUUGGUUAAAUGAUAUUAUGUCUUGCUUAAAUUUAGAGAAAUGCGUGUUUCAAUUUCUGAACCUAGACAAGAUAUUUUUUUAACAUUGUGGGGACCUUUUUUGAAUUAUUUUCAUAAUCUUUGAUUUACUAUUAAGCACAGAUGUUGGCAAAUAAUAUGUUCUACUAUAUGUUAAGGAUCUUUUCCUUUUUUUUUAACCUAACAGCUGUUUUUUCUGGUAGUGGGUUUAGAUUUUUUUUGUAAUAAUAUAAUUAUUGCUUUUCAAUAUUAUGCUUUAAUUUUAUAUGGCUAUGGGGUAAUUACACCUUAUCUGUGAUUUCAUUAUAUUAUAAUCAAUAUAUUAUAUAUUCUAAUGUACUCUGUAUUUUAUGUAAGAAAUUAAUAAAAAUAUUGGAAAAGAAA